CGCCGGAAGCCAGCGGCCGCGCGGCCCGGCGGGGGGCAGGGCGCAAGGGCAGAGGCUGAGGUGGGGCUCCGGGCUCGCCUGGCUGAGGGGCGUGAGACGGCCCGGAGGCGAACUCGACGAGCACACCUGCGCCCCGGUGAAGAUCGACCCGGCUACAGCUGGCCGGGAGCCGGCUCUCUGUGAAGAUGGCAGGGCCGGAGCUGCUGCUCGACUCCAACAUCCGCCUCUGGGUGGUCCUGCCUAUCGUUAUCAUCACCUUCUUCGUGGGCAUGAUUCGCCACUACGUGUCCAUCCUCCUGCAGAGCGACAAGAAGCUCACCCAGGAACAAGUCUCCGACAGUCAAGUCCUAAUUCGAAGCAGAGUCCUCAGGGAAAAUGGAAAAUACAUUCCCAAACAGUCUUUCCUGACACGAAAAUAUUACUUCAACAACCCAGAGGAUGGAUUUUUCAAAAAAACUAAAAGGAAGGUUGUUCCUCCUUCUCCUAUGACUGAUCCCACUAUGCUCACAGACAUGAUGAAGGGCAAUGUCACAAAUGUCCUCCCUAUGAUUCUUAUUGGUGGAUGGAUCAACAUGACGUUUUCAGGCUUUGUCACAACCAAGGUCCCGUUUCCACUGACCCUCCGUUUUAAGCCUAUGCUACAGCAAGGAAUUGAACUACUCACAUUAGACGCCUCCUGGGUGAGUUCUGCAUCCUGGUAUUUCCUCAAUGUCUUUGGGCUUCGGAGCAUUUACUCUCUGAUUUUGGGCCAAGAUAAUGCUGCUGACCAAUCACGGAUGAUGCAGGAACAGAUGACUGGAGCAGCCAUGGCCAUGCCUGCAGACACCAACAAAGCUUUUAAGAAAUUGGCAGGCUGAUCCAGAAGUUCAUAUGGAGUUGAAAGGGCCCCAGAACAGGCAAAACAAUGUUGAAUAAUAACAAAGUUGGAAGACUCACACUUCCUGAUCUGAAAACCUACUUCUGAGCUACAGUAAUCAAGACUGUGUGGGACUGGCAUAUGGACAGACAUCCAGAUCAACAGAAUAGAACUGAGAGUUCAGAAGUAAAUCCAUACAUUUAGAUCAAAUGAUUUUUGACCAAGGUGCCAAGACGAUUCAGUGGGGGAGAAAAGAUUCUUAUUGCUUACUGGGUACAGAGUUUCUGUUUCAGGGGAUGAAAAAUUUGGAAAUAGAUAGUGGUGAUGGUUGCACAGCAUUGUGAACCUAAUAAAUGCCACUAAAUUGUAU